AUGAUUGGGGGACCUCUCUUGUUGUUAUCAGCUCUGAUUUUCUGCAACGUAUGUACUGAGGAAAUCUUCCAGCCAAAUCUGGUGCUGGACAUGGCCAAGGUGCUUCUGGAUAAUUACUGCUUCCCUGAAAACCUGGUGGGGAUGCAAGAUGCUAUCGAACAGGCCAUCAAGAGUGGGGAGAUCCUGGACAUCUCAGAUCCCAAAUUGUUGGCCAACGUCUUGACGGCUGGUGUGCAAGGUGCCUUGAAUGACCCAAGGCUAGUGAUCUCCUAUGAGCCGUUGGCUACCGUGGCUGCAAAGCAAGAAGAUGAGACUUCCUUCACUCGGGAGCAGCUCCUGGAUCUUAUCCAGCAUGUGGUCAAGUAUGAACAGCUGGGGGGAAACGUGGGCUAUCUGAGGAUCGAUCAUAUCAUCGGCCAAGAUGUUGUGCAGAAGAUUGGGGCUUUCCUGGUGGACAAGGUGUGGAAGACAUUGAUGGGGACCUCUGCCCUGGUGCUAGAUCUGCGCUACAACACUGGGGGGCAGGUCUCCGGCAUCCCUUUCAUCAUCUCCUACCUGUACGAAGCUGACAAGGUGCUGCAUGUGGACACGGUGUACAACCGGCCCUCCAACACCACCACGGAGAUAUGGACCCUGCCCCAGGUGCUGGGUGAGAGGUACGGCAAGGACAAAGAUGUUGUCGUGCUGAUCAGCCGGCACACCACCGGGGUGGCCGAAGAUGUGGCUUACAUCCUCAAGCACAUGCACAGAGCCAUCAUUGUGGGGGAGAGGACAGCUGGGGGCUCGCUGGACGUUCAGAAGCUACGGAUCGGUGCCUCCCAUUUCUACGUGACAGUGCCCGUAUCGCGGUCUGUGAGCCCUCUGAACGGGGGUGGGCAGAGCUGGGAGGUCACUGGGGUGCCGCCAUGUGUAGCAAGCCAGAUGGAGCAGGCCCUGGAGAAGGCACUGGCCAUCCUGUCAGUUCGCAGGGAAGUGCCUGGUACGAUCAGCCGCCUCAUGGGCAUACUGCAGGACUAUUACACUUUGGCAGAGAGGGUGCCCGCGCUGCUGCAGCACCUCUCUGCCUUCGACUACUCCUCCAUCCAGUCUGUCGAGGACCUAGCCACCAAGCUCAACGCCGAACUGCAGGCUGUGUCCGAGGACCCACGCCUCCUGCUUCGGGUCACCACGCCAGGCGAGGCUGCUAUCUCACCCGUGGAGGAGGAGAUCCCAGUGGCUGCUGACCUGCCUGAUAAUGAGGAGUUGCAGCGGGCCCUGGUGGACACUGUGUUCCAGGUGUCGGUGCUGCCAGACAAUGUGGGCUACAUGCGCUUUGAUGAGUUUGCUGAUGCCUCCGUACUGGCUAAGCUGGGCCCCUACAUCGUGCACAAGGUGUGGGAGCCCCUCCAGGCCACUGAGAACCUGAUUGUGGACCUGCGCUACAACCCUGGGGGCCCAUCCUCAGGCGCCGUGCCCCUGCUGCUCUCUUACUUCCAGGACCCCACCACCGGCCCUGUCCACCUCUUCACUACCUAUGACAGGCGCACCAACCGCACACAGGAGCACAACAGCCGGGCUGGGCUAUUGGGCCAGCCCUACGGGGCCCAGCGUGGCAUCUACCUGCUCACCAGCCACCGUACGGCCACUGCUGCUGAGGAAUUUGCUUACCUCAUGCAGUCCCUGGGCCGCGCCACUCUGAUUGGCGAGAUCACAGCGGGCAGCCUCUCACACACCCGCACCUUCCCUCUGCUGCAGCCAGAGGACGACAUCACCCAGGGCCUCACCAUCACUGUGCCCGUCAUCACCUUCGUCGACAACCAUGGAGACUGCUGGCUGGGUGGUGGCGUGGUGCCGGAUGCCAUCGUGCUGGCUGACGAGGCGCUAGAGAAGGCCAGGGAGGUGCUGGCUUUCCACGAGGUCAUGGGAGCACUUGUGGAAAGCACUGGACAGCUAUUAGAGGAUCAUUAUGCCAUCCCGGAGGUAGCUGGGAAGGCCAGUGCCAUGUUAAGCACCAAGUGGGCCCAAGGUGGCUACCGCUCAGCUGUGGACUUGGAGACAUUGGCCUCCCAGCUCACUAAUGACCUGCAGGAGGCCUCAGGGGACCACCGGCUGCAUGUCUUCCACAGCCACGUGGAGCCCACCCCCGAGGAACAGUCCCCCAACAAGAUCCCCACUCCAGAGGAGCUGGCCUACAUCAUCGAGGCCCUUUUCAAGGUUGAAGUAUUGCCAGGCAACCUAGGCUACCUGCGCUUUGACAUGAUGGCCGAGGCAGAGACAGUGAAGGCAAUUGGGCCACAGCUAGUGCACCUGGUAUGGGACAAGCUGGUGGGCACUGACGCGAUGAUCAUUGACAUGAGGUACAACAUGGGCGGCUACUCCACCGCUGUGCCCAUCUUCAGCUCCUACUUCUUUGAGCCCGAACCCCAGCAGCACCUCUACACCAUCUUUGACCGCAGCACCUCGCACAGCAUUGAGGUAAUGACCCUCUCCCAGGUCACUGGCCAGAGGUAUGGCUCCCUUAAGGACAUCUACAUCCUGACCAGCCACAUGAGUGGCUCGGCGGCCGAAGCCUUUGCCCGCUCCAUGAAGGAUCUGCACCGGGCUACGGUCAUUGGUGAGCCCACCAUGGGUGGCUCGCUCUCGGGGGGCAUCUACCGGGUUGGCAACAGCUCCCUGUAUGCCUCCAUCCCCAGCCAGGUGGUGCUCAGCCCCCUCACCAGCAAAGUGUGGAGCGUGUCGGGGGUGGAGCCGCACAUCACCAUCCAGGCGAGCGAAGCCAUGGCUGCAGCCCAACAGAUCGCAGCCUUGCGUACCAAGGUGCCCAGCGUGCUGCAGACGGUGGGGAAGCUGGUGGCGGACAACUACGCCUUUGCAGACGUGGGAGCCGACGUGGCAACCAAGCUCACCGCCCUCGCCCCCAAGGACACUUACAAGAUGGUUAACUCUGAAGAGGAGCUGGCCAAGAAGGUGGCGGCUGACCUGCGAGCCCUGUCUGGAGACGUGCAUCUGAAAAUAGCCCACAUCCCAGAGCACUCCAAGGACCACAUCCCGGGGAUCGUGCCAAUGCAGAUCCCUUCCCCAGAAGUAUUUGAAGAUCUGAUUAAAUUUUCUUUCCGCACCAACGUAUUUGAAAACAACAUUGGCUACCUGAGAUUCGAUAUGUUUGGAGACUGCGAUCUUCUAACCCAGGUGUCUGAGCUGCUGGUGGAGCAUGUUUGGAAGAAGAUCGUUCACACAGAUGCAUUAAUCAUAGACAUGAGGUACAAUAUCGGAGGCCCCACUUCCUCCAUAGCAGCCCUCUGCUCCUAUUUCUUUGAUGAAGGGCACCCAGUUCUCCUGGAUAAAGUCUACAAUCGACCCAAUGAUACGACAAGUGAGAUCUGGACCCAGCCGCAGCUCGCAGGUGAGCGGUACGGCUCCCAGAAGGGCUUGAUCAUCCUCACCAGUGCUGUGACUGCCGGGGCAGCUGAGGAGUUUGUGUAUAUCAUGAAGAGGCUGGGCAGAGCUUUCAUCAUUGGACAAGUGACCAGCGGCGGCUGUCACCCCCCUCAGACAUAUCAUGUGGAUGACACCGGCCUCUACAUCACCAUCCCCACCUCCAGAUCUGUGAGCUCUGCUGAUGGCACCUCCUGGGAGGGCGCAGGGGUGGCGCCGCACCUGGAGGUGCCAACCGAGACAGCUCUCAUCCAAGCGAAGGAAAUGCUCAACACGCACCUGCACAGCUCCAAAUAG